AGGCCCAAAUCUUGUGAAUAAUUAAUAUUAUCGGCCAUUCUACUUGCAUGAGAUCACAGAGUUAAGAACAAUAUUAAUACUUGAUUAUGAACCUUACUCACUUUAGAUAAAGCUGAUUAUAAAACAAUUACUAUUUCAAAAGUAAUUUCAAGAUGCCUUUCCGUUUAAAUCCGAAAAAAAAAUUCUUCGCCUUCCCACUCUCACGCGUCAUUAAUCUCCGUAAGCUAGACAGAGACGGAGGUAUAUUUGGUUAGUUUACUAGACACGCUCUGAGGAUAUUGGGGUCAUGGAACGUGUUUGAAUUUCGAAACACGUUCCGUCCAAUACCGUGCGCUGUUAUGCACUGUUUUAUCAUUGGUUCGGCUGCCUCCGUACCAAAAUAACAGGGUUUUAACAAAAUCGAUACGCGUUGUACGGGAACGUCGUUUUUCUGUCGCUCCGUCGUUAUCGCUUGUGGUUUCGUGGUAGGAUAGCUAUACUCUGUGGCCGUAUCUUUUAUGUUAUUCGUGCAGCCAUUCCAUUUCGAAAGAUGUCCGGAGUGAGUUUAAUCGUGACGUUUUGAUACGUUUUCUAUAGUUUUUUGACGUUUUAGAAGACACCAUUGCUGUGGAUCUGUGACGAUGCAGCAACAAAUAAGCCAGUCGGACCCCAUAGGGGGCCAGGGUAUGUCUCAACAGAUGGUGCUCUGCCCAGUGAGGUUUGUGUAUGAGACACAAGUGUUGGUGCAACCCGGCGAACAAAUCCAGCCCAACCAGACGUUCUUCAUCAACCCUCAGAACCCGCCACCAUGGAUGCAGAACAGGCAACCACCAAACCCAGUGGUCUACGUCCAACAGUUGCCAAACAACAUCGUACCACAAGUACAACAACAUAUGGACCAAAAUCAACUGUACUUACAGCAGAACUACGCCAACUUCCAGCUCCAACAACACAUGUUGGCGCAAAACGAGAUGAGGCCAAUGCAGAUAGCCAACAUUGUGCCAAACAUGGUCCAGAAUGUACAACAGAACGUGCAAAAUGUGCCAAAUGAUAGGAAUGUGCAGACCAACGGACAGAUGCAAGCAAAUAAUGUUAUACAGAACCAAAUGAUGAAUCAGAACUCCAGGCAGGUGGCCAACCAACCAAUGAACCAAGUUGAUGUACAGAGACAAGUGUUCAUGAACAUGAGGCCGCAAAUAUCUCACCAAGUCAACAUAACACGCCCAGUCAUGGCCAUCAACCAAAUGCAGAACAUGCAAACGUUGGCCAACUUGCAAAACGUACAAAUCCAACAAGCAAAUGUUGGCCAAAUAUUCCAGAAUGUCCAAAGACCGCCAAACCCGCAAAACGUGAACACAGUUCGGCCUCAAACAGUGCCACAGUCCCCUAACAAUGUUAUAAAUGUACAACCAGUAGCUAAAGUUCGUGAAAUUGCGCCUUCGGAAGCGAACAAAAUGAAUGCCGCUGUUGGGAGCACUGUACCUGUUAGGAACUUCUCGCAAAAUUACAACUGUAGACCGAUACAGCCGAGAAGGCGGUAUGUGCAGAAUAAUAAUACUAAUACUUUAGCUAGUGCAAUAACGAAGGCUCAAAAUCAACAUAUACCGGUCCAAUCACUCCCUCAAGGGUACAACGCUGAUAAAAACCAACAAAAUCAGCAAAACGUGACCAAUGUAGCAACAAACACGAAUUUUAUAAAUCCGAAUUUAAAUAGAAAGAGAAAAAGUGAAUCUCCAGAUGAGAUUCAAAAGAAAAUGGCCGUACAACCGAAUUUAAAACCCAAUUUUGUACCACAACAGGGUGUAACAAUAACCAAGUUAUGUAACGAAAUAGGUACUAAUACGAGCCCUGUACAUAAGCCGGCGACUGUAAAUAAUGCUAAUAAUAGUAUAAAUAAUGUAAUAAAUGUAACACCAAGCCCAGCAUUUCAAGUUAACCCACAAAUGUUGGUCCCACAAAUGGUAGUCGACAGCCCACAAGUGGACAACGCUGUUAAAAAGUUGCCAGAACCAGUGCCACCCUCAUUAAGUGAAAAAGAUAAAUUAGUUAGAAAUACAGUGUAUACGCAAGCAAGAGGCAGGUUGCUACAGGAUAAAGAAACUAUUAAACCUCAAGAGACACUAGAAAAUGUAAAUCUAGCCACAAAUAUAGUCAAUACUGAAGUUCAGACUGAAAAUGUACAGCCUGAACCUGAAAAAGUUGUAAUCCAGACUGAAACACAGGUCGAAAAGGCAGUCAUGGUUGAUCUACCUAAACCGGUAAUCCCUGUUCCAGAAAAGAUAGAACAAGUUAUUGAAAAUAAGCCACUAGAAGAAAAAAUACCUGAAAAAGUUGUUGAAGAAACUAGUGUGAAAAGUGAAACAAAGAGUGAUGAGAAAGAGGGUGAAAAGAUAGUUUUGAAUAAGGAUAAAGACUUUAUUUUGACGCAUGUCGUCGAUGGAUAUGUGAUUCAAGAAUCGAAUUUCGCUUUCCCAAUUCGAAAACCAUUGAAAGAAAAGACUCUAUACACGAACAGCAAAGAAGAUGAAACUGACGCGUUAAAGGAAUGUAUGAAAGAGGAGAUGAAAAGUAAUGUUGACAUCCCUCUCUUGCCGUUCCACUAUCUCUUACUCAACUGCGAGAAGAAGGAAGAAGUAGAAGAGAAAAGCAGUAAUCCCUUUGACAAACUACAGCAGACUACUGUUAAGAGUUGGACGGUGGACGAUCUAUCGCAACAUCUCCUGAAAUUCGACUGGAAGGACACAGUUUCAGUCCUUCAGGACCACGAAAUCGAUGGCGAGUCCUUGUUCCUGGUCUCCAAGUCCCAACUCAUGAACAUAGGUGUGACCGAGGAUCAUACCGAGACCAUUUGGGAGUUCGUCAGGAGCUGAUCACUAAAUGAAGA